UCUCCAAAAUCCACCGCCACAAUUGGACAAGUCCACCGUCUGUCUAUUUGACUGACACCGCCUUAGCGGCUGUCUCCUCCCAGUGGCAACAGACUAUUUUUGCGGGGGGGACAACACAAUUUGGACCGUUUAGUGGGUUCCGUGUCCUCUGUGGGAAGCACAGUGGACGGCGGGAUAACGAGUGACUUGCUUUAGGUCGACAGCGAGGCUGCAGCAUGCUCUCCGUGUUCCUGUCGUGUGUGGAGAUAGCCUUGUACCUUCAUUUGUGCUCUCUCGUGGACUUCGGGGAUGCACACAAUGCGAAGGAAGUGGUUCUAUUGGACUCCAAAGCACAGCAGACGGAGCUGGAGUGGAUUUCCUAUCCACCUAUUGGGUGGGAAGAGAUCAGCGGCGUGGAUGAAAAUUAUACACCCAUUCGCACAUAUCAGGUGUGCAAAGUCAUGGAACCUAAUCAGAAUAACUGGCUUCGAACUAAUUGGAUUAAAAAGGGCAAGGCCCAAAGAAUUUUUGUGGAACUCAAGUUUACCUUAAGGGAUUGUAACAGUCUACCUGGUGUGGUAGGCAGCUGCAAGGAGACGUUCAACUUGUAUUAUCAAGAAACAGAUUCAGAGUUGGGUCGGAGCAUGCGAGAGAACCAGUACGUGAAAAUCGACACCAUUGCAGCUGAUGAAAGCUUCACUCAGGGCGACUUGGGGGAACGGAAGAUGAAGCUCAACACUGAAGUGCGAAUAAUUGGCCCCCUAUCCAAACAGGGCUUUUACCUGGCCUUUCAAGAUGUUGGGGCGUGCAUUGCCCUGGUGUCUGUCAAAGUGUAUUACAAGAAGUGCUGGUCCAUCAUAGAGAACUUGGCUAUAUUCCCAGACACCGUGACAGGAUCUGAGUUCUCCUCCCUGGUGGAGGUUGAGGGAAUAUGUGUGAAUGACGCAGAGGAGGAGGUGGACAACUUUCCCAAGAUGCACUGCAGCGCUGAGGGGGAAUGGCUGGUGCCCAUUGGAAAAUGCAUAUGCAAAGCAGGAUUUCAUCAGAGAGGAGAUGCAUGUGAACCAUGUGGCCAUGGGUUCUACAAAUUUUCCUCCCUGGACCUACAGUGCUCUCGUUGUCCGAUGCACAGCUUUAAUGAGCAUGAGGGUUCCUGGCGCUGCGACUGUGAGGAUGGCUACUACCGAGCUUUUUCUGACCCUCCUUCUGUGGCCUGCACAAGACCUCCUUCAGCACCACAGAAUCUAAUCUACAACAUCAACCAGACAACAGUCAGCCUGGAGUGGAGCCCGCCGGCUGACACAGGUGGACGCAGUGACGUCACCUACAGGGUUAGAUGUCGGCACUGUAGCUGGGAACCUGAAGAGUGUGAACUAUGUGGGCCAAAUGUGGGAUAUUUUCCUGCACAGUCACAGUUAGUUAAUAAUUAUGUCAACAUUGUUGACCUCCUGGCCCAUGCCAACUACACUUUUGAGGUGGAAGCUGUCAAUGGCGUGUCUGACCAGAGCCGCACGCAAAGGCUGUUUGCAGCAGUUACCGUUGCCACUGGACAAGCAGCUCCAUCCCAGAUCAGUGAAGUCAUCAAGGAGAAAGUGCACCAGCGUAGCAUCCAGCUCUCCUGGCAGGAGCCCCAGCAAUCCAAUGGGGUCAUCACAGAAUAUGAAAUCAAAUAUUAUGAAAAAGAUCUGAAGGACCGGACCUACUCCACAGUGAGGGCCAGAUCCACAUCAGCGACAGUGAACCAUCUGAAACCUAGCACAGCUUAUGUUUUCCAGAUACGGGCCUUUACCCAGGCAGGAUAUGGAACAUUUAGCCCCAGAGUGGAGAUAAUGACCAAGGAAGAGGCAACUGCUGCAAUUGUCUCCAGUGAGCAGAACCCUGUCAUCAUCAUAGCGGUGGUGGCAGUGGCAGGAACCAUCAUCCUGGUGUUCAUGGUGUUUGGCUUUAUCAUUGGGAGAAGGCAUUGUGGGUACAGUAAAGCGGAUCAAGAGGGAGAUGAAGAACUUUACUUCCAGUUUAAAUUUCCAGGCACCAAAACAUAUAUUGACCCUGAAACCUAUGAGGAUACAAAUAGAGCUGUCCAUCAAUUUGCCAAGGAGCUGGAUGUGUCCUGCAUUAAAAUGGAGCGAGUUGUCAGAGCAGGGGAGUUCGAGGAGUUGUGCAGUGGGCGAAUAACAUUACCUGGAAAACGGGACGCUUCGGUGGCCAUCAAAACAUUAAAAAUGGGUUACACUGAGAAGCAGAAACGAGACUUCCUCUGCGAAGCCAGCAUUAUGGCACAGUUUGACCAUCCCAAUGUUUUGCAUCUUGAGGGAGUAGUGACAAGAGGAAAACCAGUGAUGAUUGUUACAGAAUUCAUGGAGAAUGGCUCAUUAGAUGCCUUCCUAAGAAUGCAUGAUGGUAAAUUCACCAUCAUUCAGUUGGUUGGCAUGCUGAGGGGCAUAGCAGCAGGAAUGAGAUAUCUUGUCGACAUGGGCUAUGUUCAUCAAGAUCUUGCAGCUCGGAACGUCCUCGUCAACAGCAACCUUGUAUGUAAAGUAUCUGACUUCGGCUUGUCCCGGGUAUUAAAUGAAGAUCCUGAAACCGUCUACUCGACAACGGGUGGAAAAAUACCAGUCCGAUGGACUGCACCAGAAGCUGUCCAGUUCCGUAAAUUCACUUCUGCAAGUGAUGUUUGGAGUUAUGGCGUUGUCAUGUGGGAGGUCAUGUCCUAUGGGGAAUGGCCAUACUGGGACAUGUCCAAUCAAGAUGUAAAUAAAGCUCUCCAGGAGGGCUACCGUCUUCCAGCGCCUAUGGACUGUCCCGCAGGCCUUCAUCAGCUUAUGUUGGAUUGCUGGCAGAAAGAUAGGGGAGAUCGUCCCAAAUUUGAUCAGAUAGUCAGCAUUCUGGACAAAAUGAUUCGAAACCCAAACACACUGAAAACGCCAGUUGGAACCUGUACCAGACCAAUUACACCACUGCUGGAUCAGAGCACACUCAAUUUUGGGGCUCUUCACUCAGUGGAAAAGUGGCUGGAAGCCAUCAAGAUGGAACAAUACCAAAAUAACUUUACAGCAGCUGGCUACAGCUCCCUGAAAUCUGUGGCCAGGAUGUCAAUUGAGUAAGUAGAAAUCAUUAAAAAGCACCAGAAACAUCUCACCUGCACCACCUUUAUUUAACCAGGAAACAAAUCCCAUUGAGAAUAAAAACCUCUUUUUCAAGGGAGUC